CACACACACACGCACAAACCGCUCUGUGUGACUGCAGAUUGGACACACUGGGUAGGCGUAUGCCCAGUUUUAGUUGCUGGUAAAGUUUAAAAAAAACACUGAAUUACCAACAAAACCGCGGCCCUGGGUUAGUGACUGAAACCCUACUUCUCCUUAUUUUGCUGAGCUGAGCAGAGAAAACCCCGGAUAAGCCGAGGGUGAGCAGUUGCUGGGAAAUAACGGUGGAAAUGAAAACAGAAAGUGAAAUCUCCUUCAUGUUGACGCCUAUAUUGCACCGAGAAAAAUCGGGAUAUGUCUCUUUGAAGUCGGCUGGACGGGAUGUUUCGGACUGGAUUCCUACCCUUAGCCUUAUCUCUAUGCCUGCGCUGUGUGUCCUGGAACAGACUGCAGGUCUCCGCCACGGAAUCGAGUGAGAACAUUCUGAAUGCAAGUUAUCAUAAACCUUCUCGUCCAGUGAACUUGUCUUUGAAGUCACACAAUUUUAAGACCGUACUAACAUGGACUUAUGUAAAUAAGACAUCUGAAGCAACAAACUUUACUGUCCAGUUCAGGGAUUACCAGACUGCUCGAUGGCAGCUGUUCCCACCCUGUUCAAACAUUGCUUUAUAUCACUGCGACGUCACUGAAGCCUUUAGUGUGAACCUUAGUACAUCAAAUUCCUAUUAUGCCAAAGUCCAAGCAAUCACAAAAUUUGAGGAGUCACAAUUUGUCCUCACGGAAAGAUUCAGUUUUCAACAGAAUGCCACAAUAGGUGCGCCCACAGUAGACAUUUCAGUUCAUGGGCACAAAGUAGUUUUGAGUUGUAUAUACCCUUUUGUUACGAAACUCACUACAGCAACUGGCCGGAAAGUAGACCAUGACUUACGGUGUGAUAUUUGUGUUUGGCAAGAAGGACACAAUGAAUUGAAAAAUUGUGCAACUCGAAAAUCAAAAUUUAAGCUUAAUAUAACACAACCAAAAUUCACUCCGUGUGUGUCUGCUCGAGUGAAUUCAAUGCAAUGGGAAAUGAAAACAGAAUGGUCAACGCAAAAGUGUUUCCAAGUCCAAUUCUUAAGUUUGCAUGUGGGCUUGAAGACAGAGAAGGAUCCUUCUACGAAAAUAGGGGAGAGCAAUAUCAGGCUGGCUUCUGCCAUGGGCAGACAGUGACCUGGAUGGGCCGUCGGCAUCAUGGAGACAUGUGACCAA